AUGUCUUCGUCAACUGAAUCCAAAAUUGCCAUGGCCAAAACCGUCGUUUCCACCAUCGGUUCUGUUGCCGCCGCCGCCAUGGUCGCUCGCAGCGUCGCCCGGGAUUACAUGCCCCCGGAGUUCCAAGACUACCUCUAUUUCGGAUUCCGCAAUUUCAUCAACAAGUUCUCCACACAGCUGACCAUGGUAAUCUACGAAUCUGACGGAUUUCGUGACAACGAAAUUUACAACGCCACACAACUCUACCUUGCCGCCCGGAUCUCGGCCGAGAUUCACCGUCUGAAGGUGACCAAAAAUCCUAGCGAGAAAAACAUCAGAGUCGCCAUGGAAUCCAACGAGGAGUUUACCGACAUUUACAAUGGAGUCAAGUUCAAGUGGUCUUUCCUUUCCAAGAAGACACCGACGAGAGAAUAUUACAAUGACGACGACUCGAGCGGAUCUUCCCGAUCCGAUCAACGAACAUUGGAACUCACAUUUCAUCGGAAACACAAAGAUCUGGCAUUGAACGACUACCUGCCGUUUAUAAUUAAUGACACAACAACUAGGAAACAAGAAGAGAAAACCGUAAAGCUAUUCACGGUGAAUACGAAGAACAUGUAUUCAGGUCGCCCAACGGCGUGGACUUCGGUGAAUCUAGACCAUCCGGCGAACUUUUCGACGCUAGCAAUGGAUCCCGAUGUGAAGGAGAAGAUGAUGAAAGAUUUGGAUAGGUUUGCGGCGAGGAGAGAGUAUUAUCGGAAAGUCGGAAAGGCAUGGAAGAGAGGCUACCUGUUGUACGGUCCGCCGGGGACCGGAAAGUCAAGCUUGAUCGCGGCCAUGGCGAAUUACUUGAAGUUUGACAUAUAUGACUUGGAGUUGACUGCUAUUAAGUCAAACUCGGAGCUGCGGAAUUUGCUGGUGUCGACGGCUAACCGUUCAAUAUUGGUUGUGGAGGACAUUGAUUGUUCAGUGGAGUUGCAUGAUCGGGUGGCGGUAGCGGCGGCGAAAGCUUUAGCUCGGGAAAAUCACCGCCGAGGUUACACGGAAGAACAGAGGGUAACCUUGUCGGGUUUUCUUAACUUUAUUGACGGAUUAUGGUCGAGUUGUGGUGACGAAAGGAUCAUCAUAUUCACAACAAACAGGAAAGACAAACUUGAUCCAGCGCUUCUUCGUCCGGGCCGUAUGGAUGUUCACAUCCACAUGUCGUAUUGCACCUCAAGCGGGUUCCGGGUCCUAGCGUCCAACUAUCUUAACAUCACCCAACAUGAUCUGUUUGAGAAAAUCGAGGAUUUGAUCCGGGAGGUUGAGAUUACACCAGCUGAAGUGGCGGAGCAACUGUUAAAGGAUGACGAUCCUGACAUUGCUCUCGGUGGACUCGUAGGGUUUUUCGAUGUGAAGAGAAAGGAGAACGAAGAGGCAAAAGCAAGGGCAAUGGAAGAAGAACAAUUGGUCGCAAAAGAGAAAGAAGAGUUGGACUCCAAACAAAACAAAGAAAAGCAGCAAGACAAUGGCAACUUAUUAAUUGAUUAAGAAAUUUGGGUAUUAAUAAUUUAUUAAAAAAAAAAAAAUUUGCACAA